GCUGUGAACACUCUGUAGAGCCGAUAUCAUCGGAUUUUUAUAAUAAUAGGUAAUAUUAUCAAACACAUAUCAUACGUUACGCGAUUCACGGUCUUCGCACACUCCGUUCACGGUGUAUAAAUGUUUAAUACGCUUAUAUUGUAGUAUAUUUCAGUAUAUAAUCGUCGUCAUCAUUCUUAGACGUAUACAAUAUCUGUAUACGUGCACACCGCAGCACGCCGCGCGUUUUGUAUUAUAUAUUAUAUCAUUGUAGAGACAAUUGUAAGCCCGCGGUCGCAUCGGUUUUGCUGGUCUUCGUUUAUCGCGACGAUUUCAGUACCUUUUUGUAUAAUAUUAUAAUAAACUGACGUACAAACACAAUACAAUACAAUAAUUCAAUUUAAUUUUAAAAAAAAUUUACACACUCGGUCGUGCGCAAAUUUUUUUCGCGGUUCUAUACUGUUUUUUAUACUGUUCCGAAAAUAAUUCCUCAUCACACAACGCGAUGCUUUGACCAAGACCGGUGUCGGUAAACAAACGUCUUCGGCGCGUUUUAUUGUACCACAGCAACGACAACGUUCAUAUAUUAUUCGAUACGUCUACCGUUAUACCGAAAUCACUCAUCAACGGUAUUAUCUGGAGAACUGAGUGCCAUAAUACUGCACGACCAGCAAUAACGAUUGAUGCGCGACAGGCAGUUCGUCACCGCACCGAGAAAAAAAACACGCCAUCAUGGUGCACACGGGAUCUUGUGGCGACCGACUACACAACAUACUGGUCAGCUAUUUGCCGAUACUGACAUGGAUGCCGAAGUACAAGAAGUCGGACUUGCUAUACGACGCCGUAUCGGGAAUCACAGUCGCGCUCACGCUGAUGCCUCAGUCCAUAGCGUACGCGUCGCUAGCAGGACUUGACCCACUCUUUGGAUUGUAUGCUGCAUGCUUUGGUAGCGUGAUGUACAUAAUAUUUGGAUCAGUACGGCAAAUUACUAUCGGUCCUGCGUCCGUUGUUGCAUUGCUCACAUUCAACUACGUCAAUCCAGCAUUACCAACCACGGCGGUAAUUCUCUGUUUUGUGUCUGGAAUUGUCGAGCUCAUAUGUGGACUUUUACGCUUAGGAUUUGUCGUGGAAUUUGUAUCGAUGCCAGUGACGGGUGGAUUUACAUCGGCUGCGGCUAUUAUUAUGGCAUCGUCGCAAUUGAAAGGACUUUUUGGCAUUUCUUUUGACGCCAAAAACUGUAUGGAAAUGUGGAUAAAGUUUAUUGAAAAUAUUGAACAUUUUCGAGUAGCAGACACCGCUAUGGGACUUAUAUGUAUAUUCGUGCUGAUAGGAUUGAAGAGCUUAAAAACCAUAAAAGUCAAUGCUAAAGGAAUGAAAGCAAAAUCAUAUUCUGUAUUAUUGUUUUUAUUGACCACCGGAAGCAAUGUUCUCGUAGUCAUCGUAUCGUCGAUAAUCGCAUAUUUUUCAAUUAGACAAGGCCAGUCACCAUUAGUGUUAACAGGUAAUAUAGCUAGUGGUAUACCACAAUUUCGGUUUCCGUUUUCGGACUAUGAAGACGAAGACGAAAAGUUCACAUUUUUCGAAGGACUGUCCAGAUUAUGGCCCGGUGCAAUAGUCGUUCCGUUGGUGUCAAUUUUAAGCACAGUGUCAGUCGCUAAAGCAUUCAGUGGUGGAAAAGUCGUUGAUGCAUCACAAGAGAUGAUAGCGUUAGGUUUCUGUAAUAUUUUCAGCUCAUUUAUGGGAUCUAUGCCAGUUGCGGGAAGUAUGACCAGGUCUGCUCUUAACCAUACUACCGGUGUCCGUACAACGUUCAGUUCAAUAUUUACUACUAUACUGGGUAUGCUGUCGUUAUUAUUCUUGACACCACUUCUCUAUUACAUACCCAAGUCUAGUUUGUCCGCUGUACUUAUAUGUGCGGUUACUUCAAUGUUUCGAUAUGACAUGAUGAUUUCGUUAUGGAAAACCAAUAGACGUGAUCUAAUACCAUUUGCCACCGCGUUUGUCGCAUGUUUGAUAUUCGAUGUGGAACUGGGACUUUUGUUCGGCAUCUGUGUUGACUUGCUGUGCGUGCUCUAUCGCAGUGCCAGACCAUCAAUUUCUAUCGAAAAAGAAACUAACUCGGGUUACGUAAAAUGGGUGGUUAGACCCAGCAGCGGUCUUCUAUUUCCUGCUGUGGACUACAUGCGACAGAGGGUUAUUGCCGAGAUGUCAUCUUUGGAAUGCUCGAACAAACCGAAUCUCAUAGUCGUAGACUGCGUGCAUUUUGACAAGACCGAUUUCACGGCUGCCCAAGGAAUCAAAUCUUUAAUAAAUGAACUAAAAUCCGAAUCAUGUCAACUCGAAUUGAUGAACGCCAAAGAAUGUGUAGCAGCUAUAUUAGAAGCUACGCUAAACGUUAAAAUCUUAUCAAUGGUCCCACUACAAGAUUCUGUCAAGAAAUUUAAUUUUAUUCAACCUGAUCUCAAUGGAAUUGAAUCGAUGACAUUACACGAGAUGAAAAUGAAAAAUAUCUGUGAACGCAAAACGUAAUUGUUUCUUUUAUUAUGUAAUUUUACUUUUGUAUACUAUAUUUUAUAAACUUGUAAGUAACUAUUUAAUUUUUUUUACUAUUUUACCUAUUGUUGAUUAUAUAAUAUUUAUAUACCGAAGAAUAUUUAUAAAUAAUGUAUAUUAUUAUAAAAUAUUGUGAAAAACUAAUAAAUGUUUUAUUAUUA